AUGCUCGGGAUAUUUCCAAGCAUUCUGCUGAGCUGGCUGAGGAGACUGGGAACUGUGCAUGGCGCUCGCGAUCAUAAGGUAGGAUCGAAAGCCGCACGACACGCGGCGGACGCUUUGCCUUCCCACGGCGCGACAGAGGGUUACGAGGCGCCUGAAUCCGAGAAAGGUGCGGCGGCGAGUGCGGUGAAAUGGCGGCCGUGGAUCGUCCGCUGCGCGGCGGCGGGGCUUGCUCUCCUUCUCGUGCUGUGCUUGAUCGUCAUCAACGAGGCUUGGCUGGACAGCCUGCAGCUUUGGAAUUUCUUCCCACUGGAGGGGCUGCCAGCAGUGGCGUGGGAGGAGGCCCCCCCACGGCCGGGGUGCAUUGUGACUCUCGACUCGCGCUACAGCCCUGAGGGCGUGGCGGCCGUGGAAGCGGCUGUAGCGCGGCUGCUGAGGGAGCUGGGGGUGGAGGCGGAGGAGGUGGGCGGAGGGGGGGGAGGGAGAGAAGAGGGAGGGGGAGAAAGGAUUGGUGGAGAGGGAAUAAGGGGAGAGGGAUUAGGCGGAGAAAGAGUAGGGGGAGAGGAAGUAGAAAGAGAGGGUAUUGGGGCUGGGGUGGGCGAUGGGGGACAGGAAGGGCGGCGUGGGGGGAUCGGGGGACGGGAUGAGGGGGAGGUGGAUGGGGGAGAGGUGGGGAGGGGGGUGAGGGAUGGAAAGGGGAGACUUUUGAAGGAAGGAGGGGGAGAGGGGGAGGGAAGGUGGCAUGGAGGGUGGAGGGGGAGGCGGCUGCAGGGAGGAGACGAGGAGCGCAAGGGGGAGGGGGAGGGGGAGGGGGAGGGGGAGGGGGGGCUGAACGGGGAUUCAAAGGCGGAGUUGGGGAAUGGGGAGGGCGAGGGUGAGGGGAAGGCUGAGGGGACGGAUGAGGGGAAAGGGGAGGGGAAGGAUGAGGGGAAGGAAGAGGUGAAGGAUGAGAACUCGAAGGUGAAGGAAGACGGGGGAGGGAGGGGCAGGGAGGCGAUGCCGGAGGCGUGGCGGCGGUUCUACUCGGGGCUGCCCAAGGUGGUGGAUGCGGAGGGGCACGAGAACAUGUGGAAAUUCCCCAUCUGGGUCGCCCUGGCCGUCAACAUGUGCGUGUGUGCUGCAGCGUCAUGUGCCUGUGUGCAAUGGUGUCGACAUGUGUCUAUGUGA